GUAAAUGAUUCGUCACGCUGUAACUCAUAACUCGUAACUCGUAACUCGCACGCGCCAGCGGGUGACAGAUAACAUGUAACAUGUUAUCCAUGUGACAUUUUAUUUUCACCCAAAAAGUCAAAAAUGCACUUUUGGGCUAUUUUCGGCAAAUACGUUUCGGCAGUGAAAAUUGACAGUGAAAAAUACGCACAAACAAAUUGAUGAUGAUUCAGUUUGUGGUUUCGGUCCGUAACAUCCGUCCGAAGAUCGGCAAAAAUAUCGAUCUUUGUUUUCCAAAGCAAAAGAAGAUGUUAGCACAAGACUUCUUUGGAUUCAACACAAAAGAUAAUCAGCCUGCAAACGUGGAGGACGAGAGAAAUUUACUGUUGAGAUUUGCGACCAUUUGGACAAUUUGCGGUUCGACGAGCUCUCGAAACGAUUACCCGUAAUCGAUUAUCAAAACAGUUGUCGAUUAAUUUGAUAAGCCGUUCGUCGUGAAUCGAUCGAUUGUUGCAAAAUCCUCACAGCUGCUUCAGCUCAAGUCGAUCAAUGCCGGAGGAGUUCAUGUUUUGGCUGUGCGAGCGUCAUCAUAGUGUUCAAAGUUGGAGGAGUUUUUAGUACGGAGGAGACGAGGACACGAGGGAAAGGAAAGGAGACGAGGGAGGAACGCUGCGGUUGCAGUUCGAGCUAAGUGACGGCGGCACAGGAAGUGAGGUCACGAGGGAGGACGGACGGGCGGGCGGGCGGCUGCUAUAAAACCUGACGUGGAGGCCGCAGGCGGCGACACACCGGAGGACACGCUGGAGAUGCGCGUGUGCGGCUCGCUGCUCAUCAUCUGUCUGCUGUCCGUCAACGUGGCCCAGCGCGACGGCCGCCGGCUCACGCUACCGCAACAGCAUGUAGACGGCGCCGCCUCCACGUGGUCCGCGCCCGCCUCGUCGGCCCACACGGGCGGUAUCGAGCCGCUGCGGGCGGAUCGCCCCGCGAAGGCGGAGAACGGCGUGACGGAGCCCAAGAGGAAGGCGAACGCGCCGCCGCCGAAUCGGUUGGAUCGACUUUCCGCCGGCGCCGCCGCCAAACGUGCGGCCGACGGCGUGAUUGCGUUGCCACGGCGACGCCUCAGCCUUCCUCCCGUGGACAGGAUCGGGAUGAGACGCCUGCCAAGCGCAAGAGGCUAGGCAACGCCACCUCUGGCCGCUCGAGGCCUCAGCCAAUCAGCGACCGCCAAGAUCGCCAACCUGGAAGUCCAGCAGUCAACUCAAUCUUUGUUAUACUUGAAACACAAAAUGAAUGUUUCCAAAUCUGUUCCUGAACACCAAACAAUAAAUAAUACAAUAAAAGAGGACUGUAUUGUAUCAACACAUUAAAGAGAAUAUAAAAAAAAAAAA